AUGCUGAUUUGCUGCAUAUUUGACAAAUGCUUACGCUUUGCUCAUUCCCUUCUGCUCCCCCAGAAACUCCAUUCACGCAUCUUAGACCUCUCAUCUGGGGAUUUGCUUUCAGAAGUAGAACGAAACAGAAGCCUGAUGCAAUCUCGAACUGCUGAUGCUCAGAUUCACGAGUGCCAGCAGAAUGUGAAAUCUAGUAUACCUGUCUUGAAAUGCCAGAGUCAGUUAAAUAUGACAGGUCCUAACCACCUAUAUCCCCGGAGCAGCUGCAGUAGCAGUGAACUCUCCCUCUCAAGUGCUUGCAGUGAAUAUUCCAGUGGUUCCUCCUACACUUGGAAUGAUGGGAAGACCUGCAGCAAAAGGUCAUCUGUGAGCUGGGAUAAAAGAAUAAGCAUUGGUUCUUCGCUCCCAAGCAACCUCUCAAGUCCUGCAGAUGAUCUACCUCCAACUCGUAUCAAGGAAAACCAUAUCUUAGAAGGGCUGAAGAAAUUACAGAAGCAAAAAGUAUUACUUGAAUCACCUUCAGUAAUAUCAAAAUGGGGUUACAAAGAUUGCAUGAACUCUAAUGAAGGAAUAUAUUCCCCUGGAGUUAAAUGUGGCAGCCAUAAUGAACAGACUCAUUGUAAGCCAAUGGAAAUAGGAAGUAUUUGCCUUGAACAUAACCAAACUUUCUCUUACGAUUCAGAUUCGCAUGAUGAUGCAGAUGAUGACCCUUCAUCCUUACUGUUGCUGCAGGAAGUACCAAGCAAAGACUGCAGGACCUAUUGUAACAAAUUAACUCACAGCAUUUCUGACAGUCUCUUUGACUGGGAUCCUAAUAGGAAACAUGUACCAGAAAGAAGCUCAUAUUUUAAUUCAAAGGAAAGACCUGAAAAAUUGACUAGUUUUGUCAGUGGAUUUCAGGCAGAAGUAAAAUCGUGCAGCAGAGCAAAGCUGCCUGAGUUACAGUUAAAUCAAAGCCAUGCUAAUAUAGGCUGGAAGGACCUUAAUUUUCAGCUUUCAGAUACUGAUGACAAUGAAGUGUUGGAUGAAUUGCAUAUAGAAAGCAGUGAUGAGAAAAGUCCAUCAGAUUUAUUAUCAACUCCUUUUACUGAGAAGUAUACAAAGACCUCUGACAUGCUCAAAAUGACUGAGAAUUCUCAGUUUGUAUCUACUAACAGAGAGGCAAAACAGAUACCUGCUCACUCAGACAUUAGGCCAAAGACAUGUAAUUUCAUUAAACAACAAAAGGUUAUAAAAAAGACCUCUUCUGAAGAGUGCAUUACCGUAAUAUUUGAUGCUGAGGAUGGUGAGCCUAUUGAAUUCAGCUCACAUCAAACUGGAGUUGUCACUGUAACAAGAAAUGAAAUUUCAAUCAACCAGCCACAAACUAGGUCCAGUGCAGAAUAUACUGAACUUACACCUCAGGGAAUAACUGAUCUGGAGACAGGAACCAAUGCUAGAAACUAUACCGCUUUAGAAAGACCUGAAGAUGAAACCGAGGAAAAGAUACCUGAGGAUAGUACAGGGGAUAAAAAUACAGUUGCCUCCAUAACCCACAGUGAACCUUCAUGCUGUGGAGAAGUGACACUGCAAAAUACUCCACGACAAAAACUGGUGAAGCCAGUGUAUGAUGCAUCAUACAAGGCGAAUUCAAGCUCCACUGUGCAUGCAGGAAUCAAUCAAAAGGCAAACUUGACUAAAAUACCCAGCAGAGGUAAAUUUUCUCCACAAAAAACUGCGAUGAUGGUGAGCGAGGAGACACCUGUAGCUCAAUCAGUGGGCCCUGCAACCCUUGAAAAAUCACCUGCUCUGCCACCUGUAAAGCUUUCAAGAUUCAAAAAGGCACAAAGUCCACCUCAUAAUUUUGACUCAAAAGUUGACUUCCAAGUUCCAAAGCUUCCUGCCCACCCCCUACCUGGCUUGAAAUGUCCAGGCAGAGGCGACAGGUCAAAGUAUCCAAAGAGUCAGAGUCCAGCAUCACCACUGUUGCCUCAGCACCUUACAGAGCCUGGUGACUAUGGAGAACCUCCAACCAGAGACUUUCAUUGUGAUUUAGCACCUGUAGAAUGCCGAUCACCAUCCCCACCCCUUCCUCCUGGCAGGUCAACAUCCCUGUUGAUUCGGCCUAAUUAUGCUCAUUCACCACCUGUAACAGUAAAGUUAGGAGGAGCUGAUCCCAGUGAAUCAGCAAAAAAUAUACUGAAAUCAUCACCGUUAAAAGGAACUGUGAACUCUGGCUUUCAUAAUCAAUCUAGUCAUGAAAUGCAAGCAAAAAGCGUAUCUUCUGGGGCCAAAAUUGAGUUAUCUUACCUUCAAGAAAAUGCAGAAGCAAUUAUGCAAAAUAAAUGCAUAUCUCAGCAACCCCAUAGUGCACGCCAAGGACUUUCCAAAGUUUCCACAAAGCAAGUCUGCCCAAAAAACACUAAUCAGCUGGGUUUCCACCGGAAUCGUGACUUUUCCAACACAGAUUUUCAAACAGCCAGGUCCUUUUCUGUAGGCUGUCCAACAUUGGAAACAGCUUCUUCACAAGAUGCAUAUUCCAGCAAAAAAGAUAUUUCCAGUGACAAUGGGGUGGAUCAGCCACAAAAGAUGCCAAACACUCCUGCAGCAACUCCUCAAUCUCAUACAACAAGCACAAGUGAGCCUUCACUAUCUCAGGUAAACAAUUCCCCGUUGUCAACACUGUUACAUGAUAGUGACACUGCACAUGCUACCCAAAACUCUAAUGAGAAAGGAAUGAAAACCCGUCUCCCUGUAGGACUGAAAUUAUUUGUCAAAUCUCCCCAGCUUCUCCGAAAGAGCUCUACUGUACCAGGGAAGCAGGAAAAAGACAGUAUCAAUGCAGCUUCCAAAAGUAAUGUGAGUUCAAGUAAGUACAAGCAACAUGAAUCUGUAAGUGUAACCACUAGAGGCGCAGCGGAUGCCGAAUUAAAAGAUUCUAUGUUUGAUACCGAAGUAAAAAAUAAUUUUACUGUGGGAUUUAGUAUGGAUACAGCAUCACCUCAUUCACAUGAAAACUGCAACCUGGUGGUAGACAGAGUAGAUGGAUUAGAAAACAAAUUAGUUAAGAGAUCUGUUUCUUCUAGCAGCAAGUCGCACUUGAAGCCAGCUCUGGGCAUGAAUGGAGCAAAAGCUCGUAGUCAGAGUUUUAGCAUUCAUACAGGGGAAAAGCCAUCUGCCCCUGUGACAGAAGGUCUUGGAAAAGUACGGACUCAGAUUAUUACAAACACUUCUGAUAGAGGAAAUUCUCUAACAAGGCAGAACUCAGCCAUGGAAGGACUUCAAAUAAAGGCCAUUCCUGGUUCAGCAGUGACACCAGAGACUCUUACAUAUACUAAAACCACAGAAAAUUCUUACUCUAGACAAGGUUCUCUUGGAAAUAUGAGUAGUUGCAAUAGCCAGCAUGGAAGCCCAAGCAAACUGCCCUUCAGAUCACCUUCAAAAGUAGAUUUGUUUUACAACACUUCAAAAUGUGAUGGAAACAAACUAUUUUCUCAGAAAGAUGCACGCAGUCUAUCUGUCCAGAGUGAGAAAAGCACUGAAAGUUUUAAACACGAAUCUGUAAGUAAAAAAAGUGUUCUGCCAGCAGAAUUGGAGUUAGAAGCAUCAGCUACUGUAUCUUCCAAACAAAUUUCAUUUCAAAGCUCAGAUGGAUUAAAGUGUCUUCAUAAACCGGAAGCAACAAAGUCACGAAGACAACAAAUGUCUUUAAAGUUAGCAGAAGCCUCUGAGAAGGUUACUGAUGUUUUGAGUUCACCAGCUCUACAACCUACAAUAGAGGAGAAAGUCAUGUUAUGCAUCCAAGAAAAUGUGCAAAAGGGUCAGGGACAAACCAAAUCUCCCACUGCAGAGACUAAACAAAAGACUGGGCCCUCUAUAGCUAGUUGGUUUGGCUUUCGAAAGAGUAAGCUCCCAGCACUGAGUAGCAGGAAAACUGAUGUUCCUAAAACAAAGGUAGAAAAAAAAGAUGCAAAAGUUUCAGGAUUUGGAAUUAAGCAGGCAAAAUUAGAGAGAAGAAAAGAAAAAAAGAAAACUGAACAACACUGUGAAAUAGAAAAUGAAAUUAACAGGAAAACAGACAACGGUGACAUUUUAGCUGAUGUCAUGGAGAGCAAAUUUAUGAAACCUUCACAAGACAUGCCUGGUGAGGUUGAGUGUGAACAAGUCAAAGGUUCCACCACUGCUACGUACUCACCAAAAGACAGUUUUAUGAAAGAGCUUUUAAACAGAGUUGAUAAGAAAGCAGCUCAGCAGACAGAAAGUGGAUCAAAUAAUGUUUCCUACAGGAGUGUGUCGAAGGGCAGCUCCCAGGGCUCCUCUCUUCAUGGCAACUUUAUCAGCUCUCAAGGAAACCACAAGAAAAACAGCAAUGCAAGAGCUGAUAUGGAAAUGCAGAAUAAGACCCUGGCUAAAGUAGUCACAGAAAACCUGCAAGAAGAAGAGGAGGACACCAUGACAAGGACUACAUGUCAGAGUCAUGUGAUAG